AUGAAAGUAGUGUUCUUUGACCAGCAUUGGAAUCUUGACUCCUUCAUCUCUUCUUCCCAUUCAUCACAUAUUCCUAACAAAAGCCAAGCGGUGUCAAUCCAAACUUUGGAGAACCAGAUUGGGCAGAUUGCUAACGCGUUGAUCAACAGACUACAAAGAACUCUUCCUAGUGAUACCGAGGCCAAUCCGGGUAAGAAAGAAGUGAAAGAACAGGUUGAAACACCCGUGCUCUCAUCCAAGUCUGAUAGUGAAAAAACUGUUGUUGGUACUGACAAGAAUGAAAUCAACGAGGAAGCAAGCAAUGAAUCAGCCGAGAAAUCUAGUCCUAAAGCUGAUAAUGGGGUCAAGCAAAUAUAUUCACCUCCUCCUUUCCCGAAGAGACUUCAGAAGCAUAAGCUCGACAAACAAUUCGCAAAAUUUCUAGAGGUUUUCAAGAAAUUACAGAUCAACAUACCUUUUGAGGAGGCUCUAGAACAAAUGCCGAGUUAUGCUAAAUUCAUGAAAAGUAUUCUUUCUCGGAAACUCAAGCUUGAGGAGUUGGAGACUGUAGCUUUGACCGAGGAGUGCAGUGCGGUGUUACAGCAGAAAUUGCCUCCGAAGUUGAAAGAUCCGGGAAGUUUCACAAUCCCGUGUACUAUUGGGAAAUUGUCCUUCGACAAGUGUUUGUGUGACUUGGGAGCUAGCAUCAAUCUGAUGCCGUUGUCUGUCUUCAAGAAACUUGGUCUGCCGGAGCCGAAACCUACAAACAUGUACUUACAACUAGCUGAUCGGUCCAUCACUUAUCCAUGA